AUGUUCCCAUCUAUCUGGGCCUUCUCAAAUCUCAAUUCUAACCCAACGCACAGCCGGCGGCGCGGCACAAAGCCGCCGCCGCAUCCGGCCAUCCCGGUCAUCUCCGGCGGCGGAUGCUCUCUCUCUCUCCGAUCCGCUCUACGCCCUCUGCAUUUCUCCCAGGGCGCGCGCGCAUCCCCUGACCUCCAGCUCCUUCGUUUUGCAGGCAGCGGCAUAGAUGACUGCCCCAACCCCAGGAGGAGCGCCGCGGCGCCGGCGGCCGGUCUCCCCGACGACGCCAUCGUGGAGAUCCUCUCCCGCGUCCCCGCGAGAUCCGUCCAACGAUUCAAGUGCGUCUCGAGAGCCUGGCGCGGCCUCAUCGCCGACCCCCUCCACAGCAAGCGGCUCCCCCAGACCCUCGAAGGCUUCUUCUGCAGCGACGUCGAGUUCCGCCACGGCGUUGGCGGCGCGGCCGCCCCUUGGAACAUCCGCCGCCAUGUCCACAGGAGUUUCGUCAGUCUCCCCGGAAGGGUUUCGGAAGCUCAUGGCUCACUGGGCUACAUCGUCUGCAAUCCGGCCACGGAGCAGUGGGUGGCCGUGCCCAGCGCCGGCCGCUUCUACCCGGUUUCCCAAGCACAAGCACCCACCUAUUUGAUUGCUGAUCCGGCCAUGUCGCCACACUUCCACUUGGUCCACAUCUGGCAGAACGAUUUUCUGGGAGAAAUUGAUGUGUGCACCUACUCGUCCGAGUCCGGGGCAUGGUGUCACAGGUCCAGUGAUCGGAGGCAGUGGCAAGAAGGAGGUGGAUGGGAAGAAUGGGUUAAUGGUGGAGCCAUGAUAAAAUCCAUGUUGGGCAGUGUCUUUGUUAAGGGUGUGCAGCGUUUUGUCAUCUUCGACGCACGCAAGAAGGGCGAUGUGAUAUCUGGGGUGGAUAGGGAAGGGAAGACAUGUAGGAACAUCAGCUUGCCGGAUGAGUGUGGCGGUUCUGCUCUUCUUAUUGGCCAAUCUCAAGGACUCCUGCACUACGUGAGUGAACAUGUGGAUCAUGAAGGCAACCGCUCACAAUGGUCUGGAUUGUCUGUUUGGGUUCUUGAGGACUAUGAUACAGAUGAGUGGGUUCUCAAGCACAGGGUGAGCUUCUUGAAGCUGUUUGGGAAAACGGACUGCAGUGCUGGUUUUGAAUACAAUGUGCUCGCCAUUCAUCCAGACCGCAACAUGAUUUUCCUUCUUCAGAACAUCAACAGGAAAUUGAUAUCAUAUGACAUGGACAGCAAGGAACUGCAGGCUUUGCACACUCUAAGAAGUAGCGAUGGUUUUUUUACUCCAUAUGUUCCCUGUUUCAUGGAGUCAUCAGUGCUGCUUGCAAACAAGGACUGAAAUGUUUGCUUUUGGGGAUACUAGUGAUAGUGGAGGCAUUGAACUGGAAAAUUGAUCCCCAUGUAUGAGAAGUUUGCUGCCCAUUUAAAUGAAAUCAAUUGGUUCUAAUUAGCUGAUAAACCUUGCUGGUGAUUUUUGGCCCAAUUAAUAUGGCAUGCUACUAGUUGUGACACCUGAAACCAACAAGUUUGUCGGGGUUCACAGUGAAGGUGCGUUCACCUUAUCCGUUGUUCCUGAAGAUACAAUACUUCUAAAAUGUUGGAUGAAGCUAGGCGUGCUGGUCAUAGUUGAGUCUGUUAGCUUGUUUUUUUCUCAUUCAGUUGAGUCUGCACAUGGCUGUAGUGUUUUACUUGUGUGCUGUCGUUGCUCGACACACACUUUGUUCGCGUGGGAGCUGAGUCUUGCGCAUCGUGAUCCGGACUUGUGGGAUGGCACAAGGUGGAGAACGAUCAUGGCGCGCCGUAGAGUGUUCGGCCUUAAGGCCAUGUUCUGUAAUGCAUUGUUAUAUUCAGAAUACAGUCAGAAAACGCAGCACUUGCUGCACCAAAAGUUGUUGUGUUCACUGUGA